GGGAAAUUGUUCCUUACUUCCGUUUAAUGCCAAAGCUAUGAAAAACAACAGUUAUUCCUAAAUAUUUGCGCAAAUAUGAACAAAGGGUGGUUAGAAUUGGAAAGUGACCCAGGUUUAUUCACCCUGUUGCUGGAAGACUUUGGGGUGAAGGGAAUUCAAGUGGAAGAAAUCUAUGACCUGCAGAAGCCUAUUGAUGGGACUGUCUAUGGCUUUAUCUUCCUGUUUCGCUGGAUUGAGGAGCGGAGAUGUCGGAGGAAGACAACUACAGAAGAUGAAUCCUGUGUUAUGGAUGAUAACGCAGUCAACAGCAUCUUCUUUGCAAAGCAGAUCAUCCCCAACUCCUGUGCCACCCAUGCCUUGCUGAGUGUGCUGCUCAACUCAGGGAAGGUCAAACUGGGAGAAACCUUGGACAAGUUCAAGGAAUUCACAACCAACAUGAGCCCAGAGGACAAGGGCUUUGCAAUAGGAAAUAUGCCAGAGCUGGCUCGAGCUCACAACAGUCAUGCAAGACCCGAGCCAAGACACCUCCCUGAGAAGCAGCCAGGAAUCUCCACCACAAAGACCAUGGAGGCUUUCCACUUCGUCAGCUACGUCCCCAUCAACGGCCGAUUGUUUGAGCUCGAUGGCCUCAAGCCAUAUCCCAUCGAUCAUGGGCCGUGUGAGUCAAACCAGUACUGGACAGAGAAGUUCCGCUCCGUCAUCAUCGACAGACUGGGCAUGGCAACAGGCGGGGAACCCUACCAUGACAUUCGCUUCAACCUGAUGGCUGUGGUGCCAUGUAAACGUCAGCUGUACGAACACAAGCUGCAGACACUGAAGACAAACAGACAGAUAGUGUUGGAGGCCCUGCAGCAGCUGCUGGAUACCAAGAUGGUGAAGGUGACCACGCCAGGGCUCACAGCAGUGGAGAGAGGAGGGAGUUACAAUCAUAUGGACACAGUCGAUGCCAAAGAUUGCAAAGCUACGGUUGAAAAUGCAAGAGAUAAGUUAUUUGCGUCAACAGACUCUGAAAUGCCUGAGUGUUCCAAACACGCAGUCUCCCUCACCAAUCACAAGGAAUCAAACGACAUUGCCAGCGUGGAUCUGAAGGACGAACAUGAGGACAAACAUUCCGAAAAUGCUGACUCAGCGGUGCGAGAUAAGAACGUCAAGAUUCAGAUUUCCAUGAAAGAGGGGAAGGACGGGAGCAUAACGAUCCCAAGAACUGUGUCGCUUACUGACGUCACGAAGCCAUUGACUAUAGAAACCAAGUUUGGUGGGUCGUCAGGUCCGAGCAGUGAGAGUACAGACACAGCGUCGGAGGUGGGGAGUGUGUUUUCCUCCCCCGGCAGUUUCACCAUCCCGUCCUGUCAGAGCAGUCCGCAGUUCCUCGGAGACGGUGACAUGAAGCUGGAGGGAGACGACACUCUGGGGUCCAGAACGGACGGGUCAGAGAUCAAGUCUAAGUCGAAACAUCGCUUCAGCAGCUCACAAGGGUUCUCUCCCAAGGAUCUGCUGGACCUUCUGAAGAAUGUGGAGAAUGAGAUCGAGACAUGCGAGGCCAACCUCAAGGAUGAGAAUGAGAAGCGGAAGAAGUACAAGAUCGAUGACUGUCGCCGCACACACAACUACGAUCAGUUCCUGAUGACCUUCCUGUCGAUGCUGGCGGAGCAGGGACAUCUGGCCAAUCUGGUGGAGCAGAAUGUGAAUGUCAAGAAGCGUCAAGGGUCCAACAUUGGCCGCCUACAACCCAAGCCCCUGUCUCGCAAUGAUAAGCGGAGGCGAGCUCGCACCAGGCGCAGGAGAUGAACGAUGUGGUCUUCUUCAGCAUUAUCUGACAUUGAUGCCUGAACAGUGGGCAAAACAGGAGGAUAGAGGAUGUAUUACGCUUUGGUGCUGACAGAGAGCUUUACUUCUUCCUCUGAUAGCCAGUGAUGAAAUAAUGACGUAGUGCAAUGCCAUUUUGUAUCACAUGUUCUCUUGGUGCUUGGGCUGUUCAGCGGUCCAUCAUUCACUCAACCUUGAUCAGGUUCAGAUCCCUGGAUUCUAGGACAGGGGAGUUCCUGUUCCCUAUGCGUGCAAACAGUCCUUGGAAAUCAGGUUCAGGUGGUAACGACUUGUUACCCAGUGUGUCAACCUAACCUGAUGGCAUGGAUUGUUGCUCAUGCUACCAAUCACUGAUUUGCCUCCCCAGAUUCCAUUGCAGGCAGUUAUGAUAGGGGUUGAAUAUUGGUGACUGCGGCGGUUUCACUCCCUCUUCCAAUGGAGGAAAUUGCAGCCCAAAUCAGUCAAAAUAAUGAGCUUCAUGUCAAAGGUGCAGGCUUUUCACCUGCUUGAAAAGGGGUUCUGAGAUUACUUUUAUAGGGCUUUUUCCUGACCAAUAUCAUUACUGAAGUGCCAACCCCUACCCCAGAACCCUGAUUACAUCUAAGUUUGUACUUUAAGUCUCAUUGGACACCCAGAAGCCCCAAUGCUACUUUACACAAAUCACAAAUUACUGAAAGAUAUGGAAAAAAAUAAAAUAUGUAAAGGAAGCUUUUACAUACACCAUUACGUUUUUUUAAAUGUUGAAUCUGCAUACCAAGUACAAUUAUAUUUGUGUCCCGAGUAUGGCACUGCUGAGUCCCGAAAACCCCCUAAAUAGAACCCCAAAGCCACAUACCAAAAGGUAGAAUAGGUCUUCAUGAACCCAUGCUUGCCGUAAAAGGCGACUAUGCUUGUCGUAAAAGGCGACUAACGGGAUCAGGUGGUCAGGCUCGCUGACUUGGUUGAUGCAUGCCAUUGAUCCC